UCUCAUAGACCAACAGCUGCUGUCUUUAGUGCGGAGAGAGCGAGAGGAAGAGGGAGGGCUGUGUGGCGUGAGGCAGUGCGUGUGCUCAGUGUUUAGGUGAAUCCACAGCCCUCUGGCUCACAAGGAUAAAGGAGCCUCUCCAAGGAAGACAGAGACCAGCAGCACAAGGACUUUUUCCCCUCUUUUUGCAUCCUCCGUCCUCUUUCUCCUCGCCUCAUUCUCUCGCGAGCCGCCGGCUGUUGGCAUCUCUAUUUUGUCUCUUUUUGUCCUUCUCUUUUGUUCCUGCAUCCAUCUGUGUUUCACCCUCGGUCCAGAGAGACGGAAGGAAGAGCAGAGUCAGAGGCAUCAUCCUCCCCUCCUGCACGCCCAGCCGGUGGAGGGUGCUGAUGCUGUAACCACUGUGUGGAGCUGACAAGCCCUGGUUGAUGCAGUGAAGUGUUCUGGAGGGAUAAACACAAGCGAAGGGGGCUCAUGGGAAACCUCCUGAAAGUGCUGGCUUGCGCCGAACUUGAGCAUGGCCCAAUAGUUUUCCUUGACUUUGAACAUGCCCAGCCCACGGAGGCAGAGACAGCCGUGUGGAACCAGGUCAGCGCCGUGCUGGAGGAGGCUCAUGGGAUCCUUGCCGAGCUGCAGUCCUAUAAUGGCGCUGGCCAGGAGAUACGAGAAGCCAUCCAGAACCCAGGCGACCUCGCUCUGCAGGAGAAGGCCUGGAACGCAGUCUGCCCCCUGGUGGCCAAACUGAAGCGCUUCUACGAGUUUUCCCUCCGACUGGAGAACGCCUUGCGCAGCCUGCUGGAGGCGCUGACGAGCCCGCCGUACGCUCCCAUGCAGCACCUGGAGAGAGAGCAGGCCCUCGCCAAACAGUUCGCUGAGAUCCUUCACUUCACACUCAGCUUCGAUGAACUGAAGAUGACAAAUCCAGCCAUUCAGAAUGACUUCAGCUACUACAGGAGGACUAUAAGUAGGAACAGGCUGAACAACCAGCAGCUGGAAGCAGAGAACGAGGUCAACAAUGAGAUGGCGAAUCGGAUGUCUCUGUUCUACGCCGAGGCAACACCAAUGCUGAAGACUCUGAGUAACGCCACCACCAAGUUUGUUUCAGAGAAUAAGACCUUGCCCAUAGAGGACACCACAGACUGUCUGAGCACCAUGGCCUGUGUGUGCCGUGUCAUGCUGGAGACUCCGGAGUACCGCUGUCGAUUCACCAACACAGACACCAUGCUGUUCUGCAUGAGGGUGAUGGUGGGAGUCAUCAUUCUCUACGACCACGUUCACCCCGUCGGGGCUUUUGCCAAGACCUCUAAAAUCGAUAUGAAGGGCUGCAUCAAGGUGCUGAAAGAGCAACCGUCCAACAGUGUGGAGGGACUUCUGAAUGCACUGAGGUAUACGACACGGCAUCUAAAUGAUGACAGCACCUCCAAACAAAUCAGGGCCCUGCUGCAAUGAGACGGAGGAGAGAGGGAGGAACGAAGGAGCGCACUUGAAGAAGGAGGAAAAAGAGAGGAAGAAGGAGGAAACAAACGCCAGUGGCUGAUAAACCUGUUUGUUUACAACGAACAAAGAAAAUCAUCUCCAGGUCCACACAAACCUGAUGAUAAUAAGAAGAGGAAAAUAAUUAUAUAUAUUGUCAGCUGUCCAUCAUUCUGUCUCUCAUUUUGUAAAGUAAGAAAAGAGAAAAAAAAAAGCCAGAAAAGAAAA